AUGGUUGAAUUUGAUCGAUGGUCAGACAUUCAUCAAGAUUUGUUUAACGAAAUUACUAAGCGGUUGUAUUCAUAUGACAAUUACAUUCAACUUCGAUUGGUGUGUAAGCAAUGGAACUUGAAACUUCCAAAGAUUCCUGAUGGCAACAAAGUUCCGUGGCUGGUACUAUCUACUGGCAGUGCUGCUAAAGAAUCUUUCGAAGAAGAAGCUCAUGCUCUUGAACAAGAAGUUCGUGCUCCCGAGGAUGAAGGAAUUCUUGACGCUCGUAGUCUGGAAGAGAAGGGGAUUUACCACCUCAUGUUACCAGAUAUGCAAGACAACAUCAUGUAUGGUUCUUAUCAUGGAUGGUUGAUCAUUGUAAUGGUACAUGAAGGUACCGUAAGAAUCCUAAAUCCAUUUACAAAGGUUCACUUGGAUCUUCCUCCAGUUUCAACUCUUCCAAAUGUAAUUAAUAUUAAUGGGGAUGAAUGUACUCUGGGUUAUAAGGGCGACAUGAUCACUCAAAAUACCAUUUUCGUGCAUCAAAGCCAAAUUUGGAAGGCUAUUAUAAAUUCAGCUCCUAACAAUGACAAUGACAGUGAUUUUAUAGCAGUGGUCAUAUAUGGAUUAUUCCUAGAAUUGGCCUUUUACAUGCCAAACGAGAAUAGAUGGAUUAGAUUUCCAACAAAAGAUCUAGACGACGUUCAUGAUGUCAUAUUUUUUGAAGAGAAAAUAUUUGCGGUAGACGGUAAUGGCCAACUAUAUGAAUUUGAUACAAGAACAAAGUCAGGACCAGUAGGAGGAAAACAUGAAGCCACACCACCUCCAUCCAAUGUAGGAAUGCUUAAUUGUUAUUACUAUCUGAUUGGAGGUGAUAAUGGAAGUUUAUUGAUGCUGGUAAAAGGGGCAAGAUAUAGGUAUUACAUGAAGAAUCAAAAGCGGUUCUGCGAGUGCAAAACUGUCAAAUUUGAUAUCUAUGAAUUGAGGAAAAAUGAGAAAACAUGGUCAAGAAUACACAGUUUGAGAAAUUACAUACUAGUAAUUGGACUCAAUUCUUCUGUUAAAAUACUGCCAAGCAAUUUUUUGAAUUGCAAAGGAAAUCAAAUCUACUUUACAGAUGACAUGCAUGACAGACGUGAAGUGUACUUUGAAAACAUUACUCCCCCUUCUCAGAUUGGCAUCUUCGAUUUGGAAGAUGGGAGUUACCAAACAUUCUUAACAGAUGUGGACUUUUUUUAUUAUCGUCCUAUUUGGAUAUUACCCUAG